AUUUAGAUCCACUUGUUGUCUCCUUUAUAAACACUUCUCAACUGUCCAACUCUUCACAAAUUUUAAUUUUUUCCCCCUUUUCUGUCCAAAAAAUGGGAAAAGAAAAAACACUAUCAAAAUCGAGAACAAUGGCUCCUCGAAUGGUGGCUAAUUUCCGCAGAUCUCUUUCUUUCCCAAAUCAGCCAAACCAUACAAAUAAACCCAAAAAAUCCUUCCAUGUCCGAUCUGCUAGUCUGCCAUGUCGAUCUCAUCCAUUAAUUUCUCAGCUCAAAGAUGAUUUAAACGAGCUCAAAUCAUGGGCUAUUAAGCCUGAAAAUCGAACUUCAAAUUGGAUUUGUGAUGGACUCAAUCAACUGAAAAUUGUUCAUGAAUCUCUUGAUGAUCUGCUUCUUCUUCCACAAACACGCGAAUCGUUACAUGGACAUUCUGAUUUGGUCGAGAAGCUUCUAGAUGAUUUCCUUCACUUCGUCGACGUUUAUGGAAUAUUCCAGACCUUGAUACUCACUUUCAAGGAAGAACAUUUAGCUGCUCAGGUAGCUGUGAGGCGCAAAGAUGAAUCUAAGAUUGCUUCAUACGCGAAAGCAUUGAGAAAAAUGGCUAAGGAAAUGGAUAAACUAGCGUUCAACGUACAAUGUAUAGGGAAAUAUAUUGUACCACAACAAAAUAUACCAAUACCUGAUGGAGAUGCAGAGUUAGCAGAAGUGAUGAAAGACAUAAUAGAAGUAACACAAUUAGUUUCAAUUGCACUUUUUAAUGGACUUGGAGUAUCAAUGGCAUAUGCUAAACCAUCUUGUUCAUGGAUUGGAUUAGGAAAGAAGACAAAAAAAUUGAAAGAAAAUGAAGGAAUUGUGGAAUUUGUAGAAAUGGAAUUGGAGAAUUUGUUGAGAAAAAAUAAAGGAGAUGAAGAGGUGAAAAUUGUGACUAAAAAAAUGCAUGAAUUGGAAGAUUGUAUUUGUGGGAUUGAAAAAUGUGGAGAGAAAGUGUUUAGGAGUUUAAUUAAUGCUAGAGUUUCAUUGCUUAAUGUAUUCACACAAUAGAAAAAGAAGGUAAAAGGGAAAUUAAAGAUGAUGCAUACA